GAUGUUCCGAAGGACGUCGAAGUUUUGCUGUGCAGAAGAAUAGCGCAGUGAAAACGGAUUGAAGUUCUGUUCUCAACUAAAUGAGGUGUUUUUUAGUUAGUAGGAAUGUCUUGUUGCAACACGACGAGCUUUUGACCUGCUCAAGAUCCAGUCAUGUACAUCGCCAGACAGGAUUUGUGUGAUAUUGACAGAUGAUUUAUUACUGGGUGUUUGUUUGGAGUGACUGUAGAUUUCUCUGGAAAGGAUGGAUGAUUUUUAAGAGAUUUCCGAUGAUUUUUAAGAGAUUUCCAAUGCUCUUACUUGAGGAAGUCUAGAAGUUGUCAGACAAGGCUUACUUUGACUAUACCAUUGCAAUGGCGGAUCAGGACUUUCUCCCUGAUGGAGGUUUGGGGUUUGAACAUUGUUCCACACCUGCCCCUGGUGAGUCCUCCAACCCUCAAUCCGAAACAUCCGAAGCUCAGGAGUCACAUCAGGCUGAAUCCACAAUCUCCCCUAGUGAAAAUCUACAGAGCCCUGAGUUGGAGGAUCUGGAUGCCUAUAACCUGAUCGAGCCACCACCGCUAGACUGGAGAUCCGACUCAUCCAGCAAUGCGGGUUCGGUCGGAGAACUUGAAAGCUGUUCGGUGGGAGAGUUUGAGGUGCUUGGAUCUUUCAACACAGACUUGAGUGAAAACACAAUUUCAACUGUAAGUGAUAUGGCAGCUCAGAACCCAACUGAAGCUUCAGACAAAACGGAAGAGCUUACAGCUCAAGAAUUAUGUGAGAACAAGCCUAAAACUAGUGAUUUUCAAAAACAGCCAGAGAGGAAAGAGAAGCAAGAGAGAAAAAUGCUGAAUGAAGAAACUGAGAAAGAGACGGAGGUGAAGCGUGAUCUUGACCACUCCCACAUUCAAAGUCUACUCACUCAGCUCCAUCUUUUUCAUCCAUCAACACCGAUCAGUACACACUACCAUCCUGAUGAUUCAGCCAAUCAUAGCACUUCGCAUGACUCUUAUACUCCAGCGGAGGCCAGCGCCCCCUCCUGCCAAGAUUCAGAGAGGAGCAUGUCUUCUGCCCUGCUCUUUUCACAGGAGUACCAGAAAGAUCUUCUGCAGCUAUUGGAGGACCCAGAACCCGAGGAACCAGGAACCUUUCCUCAGCUGGUUCACACACCCUUGCUGACCCCCAGCACUGAACCUCGGUCGGGAUUCAGACGACAGAGCAGUGACGCAGAUGAGAUGAUCUCCAUAUCUCACAGUGAAGACAUCUGGCACAGACACCUGCAGGACGAGCUGCUGGUCUCAGGAAUCGCGGAGGAGGAUCAGUGGGCGGCAUCUGAAAGUGUGAUCCCAGAUCAGUUGGCAGGGGAGAACACCGAUGUGCAGGAAGUUGAGGCACAGCCUGCGUAUAAGAAUGUGCCAGGCCCAUGUGACCCUGAAGAUCUUCUGGAUGGAGUGAUCUUUGGGGCUAAAUAUCUUGGCUCUACGCAGCUGCAGUCAGAAAAGAAUCCCUCCACCAACGCUCGUAUGGCCCAAGCACAGGAGGCCGUGGACCGUAUUAAGGCACCUGAAGGGGAGUCGCAGCCUAUGACUGAGGUGGAUCUCUUCAUCUCCACACAGAGAAUCAAAGUACUGAGUGCAGACACGCAGGAGGCCAUGAUGGACCAUUCUCUGCAGAUGAUUUCCUACAUUGCAGACAUUGGGAACAUUUUGGUUCUGAUGGCCCGCAGAAAGCCGGCCGGCCGCAAAACGGCAGAUUCAACAGGGAGCUCUACGUCACCACCGAAGAAGUGCUGGAUGAUCUGCCACUUGUUUUCUUCCGAUGAUGCUCAGAUCAUCGCGCAGGCUAUUGGUCAAGCGUUUGGUGUGGCAUAUCAGCAGUUUCUGUAUGCUAAUGGGAUUAAAGCCAGUGACUUGCGGCCGGGCGAGUAUAGCGAUUACCUCGGCACUCAGGAGCUCUAUAACGGAGACCUGGUUCACUUCUCUUGCUCUGAAAACAUCAAAGAGGUGUGCAUAUCAAAGAAGCCAGGUGAGAUAUUAGGUGUUGCGAUCGUGGAGUCUGGUUGGGGAUCCAUCUUGCCCACUGUGGUGGUUGCCAACCUGCUGCACGGCGGUCCUGCCGAACGCUCCGGCGAGCUGAGCAUCGGGGAUCGCAUCAUGUCUGUGAACGGCACAAGUCUGGUGGGACUCCCCAUCACCACGUGCCAAAGUAUCAUACGAGAUCUAAAGAGUUUGGCGAUUGUAAAGCUCAGCAUCGUCCAUUGUCCACCUGUCACCAUGGCCAUCAUCAAGCGUCCAGACCCAAAGUACCAGUUAGGGUUCAGUGUGGAGGACGGGAUUAUUUGCAGUUUAAUGCGAGGAGGAAUCGCUGAGCGGGGGGGCAUUCGAGUUGGCCAUCGCAUCAUUGAGAUCAACGGGCAGAGUGUUGUAGCCACGCCCCAUGAGAAGAUCAUCCAAAUACUGUCCAAUGCCGUAGGAGAGAUUCAUCUGAAGACGAUGCCAACAUCAACAUACCGUCUCCUGACUGGAUUAGAUCAACCUGUGUUCCUUUAAGAGGCUGCUGCUCUCAGGUUCUCACCAGCACAUGCAACUUUUAAUAUACAUAUUUCAAUAUUUAAAACAAUUGAAUGGAGCUAGAGAGUGUAAAUGAUAAACAGAUUAUGGAUCUCCAUUUCAAAGCAGUUUAGAGACUGAAAAGCGUAAAUAAUUAUUUAACUGCUGGUUUGUAAUAUGUACAUUUGUCUGUGAUAAUGCUGCAAUGCCAAGGUGCCUGAGGAGAAGACUUUUGUUUGAAUGAGUUUGCAUUAGAAUCCACGCCUAGACUAAACAUCAUACAUGCAAAUGAAGCUUCUUGCACCUGCGCAACACUGCUGUCAUGAUUUCAUGUUUUUAAACCCGUUCACAUGCUCUUUACAGAGCUCAUGAUCUAGUGCCUGUUAAAACAAAAUGGACCUUGAUUAUACCAGGUCUUUUUUUAGUUAAAUAGAGAUGUAUAUUUUAAUAUCUGUUGUAUUGGAUGUUUAUUAA